UAGUGAACAGCGCAUUCCAGUCUCUCCUGGUGCUAACAACAUCACACUACCCUAGAAAAAUCUUCCCACUGUACCAAUUUUCUGAAAAAGUACUCACCGUGUCUGCCGGAUCCCUGCCCAGGGUUAAACUACAUAGAUUACAUGAGUGUAUAUAUUUUUGUUGUGAUACAGCACAAAGUCGCCGGUGUCUGCCUAUAAUUACUUACUGUUCAACUAAUAUAAGCAUUACAGAAAGCCUCUGCGUGAACACCGUAAUUAUUCAAGGUGGAGAAAAUAUGAGAUCUCAAAUAAUAAUUGUGCUUCUGAUUACUGGAAUAAGAAGAGUUGCCUCUUUAAAUAUCUCUGAAGCUAAACCAAACUGCCCCCUUGGACAUUUCCCAUGUGGCAACCUCACAAAAUGUCUACCACAGCUUCUUCACUGCAAUGGUGUGGAUGACUGUGGUAACCAAGAGGAUGAAGAGAACUGUGGAGAUAAUAAUGGAUGGCCCCAUCUGUUUGAUAAAUAUUUUGGAAUUUUCACUUACGAUUCUGGAACUCAGCAAUAUCCUUUUUGUAGCGAGCUUUCAGUACCCCUGCUCCACAUCAUGUUUUUUUUGUUUUUUUUAAGCUGUGAGAGAUGAUUAUUUUCUCCUUGUGUAGUGCUUGGGCUUGUUCCAGAAAAAUGCUUCUGCAGAGGUCUGGAGCUUGACUGCAUUGACUCCCAACUUCGAUCAGUCCCUUCAGUAUCUACAAAUGUGACAGUGAUGUCCCUUCAAAGGAACAGGCUGAGGAAACUGAAUGCAGAUAUUUUCAGAAAAUACCACAAUCUCCAAAAGCUAUACUUACAGCACAACAGAAUCCGGCAAGUGUCUGUGUAUGCAUUCCGAGGAUUGUAUAACCUAACAAGACUAUAUUUAAGUCACAAUAAGAUAACCUUUCUGAAGUCAGGCUUAUUCCAAGAUCUUCAUAAACUUGAAUGGCUAAUCAUUGAAAAUAACAAAAUUAACAGGAUCUCCUCUUCAACGUUUUCUGGACUGAGCUCACUUGUACUUUUGAUGUUGCUGAAUAAUUCUAUCAGUCACCUUCAUGACAAGCCCUUCUGUCAAGAAAUGCCUAAACUGAACUGGAUCGAUAUGGAAGGAAAUCACAUUCAGAGUGUUGGGAAUGUAACUUUUUCUUCAUGCAACAUGUUAACAGUACUGGUGCUGCAAAGGAACAGAAUCAUUCAUUUGCAUGACAAUGCAUUCUCACCUCUACACAAACUAGGGGAACUGGAUUUGUCAAGCAACAGGAUUCAAACUAUACCUCCAAAUCUAUUUGUUGAACUUGGUGAGCUGUUACAGCUGAACAUUUCGUACAACCCUAUUGUGGAGUUACAAGUGGACCACUUUGAUUACCUGAGUAAAUUAAAAUCACUCAGUAUAGAGGGUAUUGAGAUUGGAAACAUACAGAGAAGAAUGUUUGAGCCUUUGAAAAACUUAACUCACAUAUACUUCAAGAAGUUUCAGUACUGUGGCUACGCCCCUCAUGUGCGAAGCUGCAAGCCCAACACUGAUGGGAUUUCAUCCUUCGAGGACCUGCUGGCUAACAUUGUGCUGCGAGUCUUCGUCUGGGUGGUCUCGGCCAUCACCUGCUUCGGAAACGUCUUUGUUAUCUGCAUGAGGUCUUACAUCAGAUCGGAGAACAAGUUACAUGCCAUGUCCAUAAUGUCUCUCUGUUGUGCUGACUGCUUGAUGGGGAUAUAUCUCUUUGUCAUAGGAGCCUUUGACGUCAUGUAUCGGGGGGAGUACAAUAGACAUGCUCAGUCAUGGAUGGACAGUACACAGUGCCAAAUCGUGGGAUCCUUGGCCAUGCUGUCCACAGAAGUCUCUGUGCUGCUUCUGACUUAUCUGACUUUGGAAAAAUACAUCUGCAUUGUUUACCCAUUUAGAUAUCUUACACCCAGGAAAUGUCAAACAGUUACUACCCUGACAGUCAUCUGGGUCCUGGGUUUUGUGAUUGCUUUUGUCCCGCUGGUCAACAAAAACUUUUUCAGGAAUUUCUAUGGCACCAAUGGGGUUUGUUUCCCACUGCACGCAGAACAGACAGAGACAGCUGGGGCGCAGGUGUACUCCGUGGUUAUCUUCCUGGGUCUGAAUUUGGUGGCUUUUUUAAUAAUAGUUUUUUCUUAUGGAAGCAUGUUUUACAACAUUCAGCGAACAGGCACAAAAGCAACAGAGUACAGUAAUCACAUUAAAAAAGAAGUAACCAUCGCCAAGCGCUUCUUUUUCAUUGUAUUAACAGAUUCACUAUGUUGGAUACCUAUUUUUAUCCUCAAGAUUCUAUCAUUGCUGCAUGUAGAAAUACCAGGUUCGAUAAGUUCCUGGGUGGUUAUUUUCAUUUUGCCAAUCAACAGUGCCCUUAACCCAAUACUCUACACAUUAACAACCCGUCCAUUCAAGGAAAAAAUACAUCAAGUUUGGUACAACUACAGGCAACGAAGAUCAUUUACCAACAGCCAGACCACAUAUACUCCCUCCUUCAUGUGGCUGGAAAUGUGGCCAGUACAGGAGACAACUCCUGCACUAUCUACACCUAAAUUCACGACAGAUCCCUCUGAAAUGUCGUAUAAUAAUUCUGGGAAGGUUGAGUUGUUGCCUAUAAAAAGCAGUAAUGGGACUUGAUUGUGAUAUGGAUUUUAUUUUUUGGUAAAUUAUUACAUAUUAUUGUGUAUUGUAAAGUGAACGGAAGCUUUCACUUAAAAGCUGAUCUCAGGUGUAUAUGAAAAUAAGCUUCUGUUGAAUAAAAUGCAAUGAUUGUUUUGUUUUGCAGACAGAAAUAGAAAAUCUUAAAAAAAUUUUAAAAAGUCAACUUACAUAAAUAUGACCCAGAAAAUUUACAAGAAGUAUUUACUUCAUUAAUAAAAAUUGUAUUCUACAAUGUCAGGUGUAAUGUGUAGAAUUCCAUCAUUUUCAACAAUAUUUUUACUUGUCACUUGAGACCAUUAGAAACUAGUUUGUAAGUUCUAUUGGAAAAUACAUUAGUUGGUGUUCAAGCAAAAGAUUCCCAUUUUGAUACUGAGCUUUGAUACUGAAAUAACGUACUCAGUGGGGUGCCACAAGGGUAUGUACUUGGACCCAUUAUAGAAAUGACAUGGACCAAGAUUCACAGUACAACACUGUUAAAUCUGCAUAUAAUACAAAAUUUGGGGGAGUAGUGGACUGUGAAUAUGCAGUUUAGUUAAUUCAAAUGGUUUUGAACCUUCUCGUAACUGGGCAAACUUGUGGUAAAUUAAUUUUAAUGUUAAGAAACAUAAAGUACUGCAUAUUGGGCAAACAAAUCUAGGUUAUAAGUAUAAAAUGAACAGGAUUGAAAUAGGAAACAAAGACUUUGAAAAUGAUCUUCGGCUUAUAGUAGACUCACUUAUAAUGUAUCCCACCAAUGUGGUGAGGCAGUUAAAGCAAAUAGAAUGUUCGGUUGUGUUGUGAAAACUGUGGAAUACAUGUCUAGGGAGAUUAUGCUAAUAUUAUACAGCUGCGGACAAAACUUUUGCAUCACCCAGCUGAAUUAACUAAUGAAACCUGCUGAAUAAUGUAAUGUUAACAUAUUGAAU